GCCGGUACCCCCUGCAGCAUUUCCCUUAGUUUGGUUGUUAAAAAUAAAAGUAAUAAAACAUAAUAAAUAUGAGUAAAUACACCGCAAAGUAUUUGGAAGACAAGCUGAAAGAUAAGCUCGAGGCAACGUACGUUCAAGUUUCAGACGACUCCGAUGGAUGUGGUGGCAAAUUCAGCGCUGUCAUCGUCUCUAAAGCAUUCGAGGGAAAAGCACUCCUGCAAAAGCACAGACUAGUUAACACAACGCUCGCCGAGGAACUAAAGGAAAUACACGCUUUCUCGCAAAAAUCAUACACACCCGCAGAGUGGGAGAAAGUGCAACAGCAAGAGAAGCAAUAACCGUAACCUGUUGCUAAAUAGUGGAGCCCAAAACCUGUACAUACCUGCAUAUGUGUGCGUGUGUGUGUAACCGAACCAACCAGCCAACGUCAGACAAAUGCUCGCCAGUCGAAACCCAAAAACAGUUGAACAAAGAAAGUGAAAGGGAAACAGCCGAUGAACGGAGCUACAAUAAAAAACGCAAAUUACUCGUAACAUUACAUAAAAACUCAAAGAAACAUACAUAAUACAAAUAAAGCGAGAACCUGAUCUCUAGUGACCCGUGCUUGACGCCAUUUUGCAUAAA